AUGGAUAAGCUCACAGAUGACCUGAUCAAGUACAAGGACUGUCUUGGCGAAAUAUUUGACCACCGCUGAGUACAUUGACUCCCUGCAGACCUUUGAGAUCCGGGACAGUGACAUCUUUCUGGUCACUUACCUUAAAUCAGGUGAGUGACAAAUCUACUGGCUGGAUAAACAGCUUUUGAGAUGGUCCAGACACUUAUCAUACUUGGGUGUCCUUGACAUGAAAAAGGUUGAGAACCUUUGCUUGGUUUAGGUAAUCAGUGAGGGGAGAGAGCAUGAAAACAGAUUUUUUAGAAAGUUAAAGGGACAAUCCGGGAUUAGAACAUAAUCUUUGGAAUUUUAAAUGAGUGAUAUUUGUUGAUUCUUAAAGAAUAUAACUUAUAAAUGCCUCAUGAGGUUAGUUCAACUAUCUUAACGCUUGUUUUACUCCAGCCCCUUCAGCUCUGGCAGGGUGACCUCUUUAUUGUUUUUCGAAUCGCCCUUUAACCAAGUCGCCCCCCCCCCCCCAGAGCUCUAUGACUGACACCUUUCAUGAUGCUGACCUGUGGGGAACUAUCUGGGCACAGCAAAUCAUCACCUCUAUCUGUGAGUCAGAGGUGGGUGAUGUCUAUCCCAACAACUUGGAGAUGAUGCCAUGGCUGGAGUAUAUGGAAAAACGCCCUGACAAUUCCUUACGUCGCAACCCGCGGCUAUUCGCCUCCAACCUCACCCCCGUACUCAUGCCCCCAGGCCUGAGGAACAAGAAGGCAAAGGUAGGCAGAGGAGGGGAUGAUGGAGGCCCUACUGUAUGGUUUGCGUCCCAAAUACCACCCUAUUCUCUUUUAUAGUGCACUACUUUUGACCAGGGCCCAAAGGGCUGUAAAUGUAUAGUAAAUGCCUUCUCUUGUUCUUUGCCAGAUGAUCUAUGUGAUGCGGAACCCAAAGGACAACAUGAUUUCCUACUAUCGCUGGUGUAUUAACUGGGCCAUGUUUGAGACCCCAAAGAGCUUCGAGGACUUUCUGGACCAGUGGUUAGCAGGGAAUGGUAGAGUAAAGACAUCAUUCAUAUAACACCAUGGUUGGGUCCCAAAUGGAACCCUAUUCCCUACAUAGUGCACUCAUUUUGACCAGGGGCCAAUAGGGCUCUGUGCACUAUAUACGGAAUAGGGUGCAAUUUUCGGACUCAACAGCCUGUUAUGAACCUGACAGCCUGUGUCCUAAAUGUCAACCUAUUCACUAUAUAGUGCGCUACUUUUGACUAACCCAUGAAUACUGUAACUUCAUGUUCCUUUUAUCUCAGGAUCUGAAGAUAGCCAUGCAUGAGAGAACUUCCCAAGUUCUCUCAUGUCACCCCGCUCCUCCGCACAAACCAUGGUGCUUGCCUACGGAGCUGUGAGGGGAACGGCACCUCCUUACCUUCAGGUUCUGAUCAGACCCUACACCCAAACGAGGACACUACAUUCAUCCACCUCUGGCCUGCUAGCCCCCCUUCCUCUACGGAAGCACAGUUCCCGCUCAGCCCAGUCAAAACUAUUCGCUGCUCUGGCACCCCAGUGGUGGAACAAGCUCCCCCACGACGCCAGGACAGCGGAGUCACUGACCACCUUCCGGAGACACUUGAAACCCCACCUCUUUAAGGAAUACCUGGAAUAGUAUAACAGUAAUCCUUCUACACCCCCCCUCCCCCAGUGGUGGUUGUCCCACUGGCUAUCCUAAGUUGAAUGCACCAAUUUGUAAGUCGCUCUGGGUAAGAGCGUCUGCUAAAUGACUUAAAUGUAAUGACCUUGGUGACACAAGCUGUUAUGACCCUAUUAUUGCCCAACAGUUGGUGCUUCGUCCUGGUUUGACCACAUCAGAGAGUGGCACAGUGAGGGAGACCAGUACAACAUCCUGUUUCUGACCUAUGAGGACAUGAUCAUGGUAAGAUAUUACAGACUCAUUUAACACCUCUGACCUGUGCUGUGCUAGCUAUCUAGAGACAUUCAACCAGCCUGGCUUGCCUAUCCCGAAUCUCUUGGGCCACUCCACUCAACCAACCUCAGGGCAGUGGCCUUCACCACUCGACCAACCUCAGGGCAGUGGCCUUCACCACUCAACCAAACUCAGGGCAGUGGCCUUCACCACUCGACCAACCUCAGGGCAGUGGCCUUCACCACUCGACCAACCUCAGGGCAGUGGCCUUCACCACUCGACCAACCUCAGGGCAGGGGUUUCAUCUUUAAUGGACAUGUUCCUUUUUUUCUCAGGAUCUGAAGAUAGCCAUGCUGAAGAUCUGCCACCUGAAUGAAGCAGACAUCAUCAAGAUAGUGGAAAAAGCCACGUUCAAAAACAUGAAACACGACCCCAAGGCCAACUAUGAGUUCAUACCAGAGGACAUGCUCAAAAAGGGGCAGUUCCUACGCAAAUGCCUGUAUUCACACAGCAUCUCUAUAGCAGUGCUGAUCUAGGACCAGUUGUGCCUUUUAGAUCCUAAUGAAUAAGAUUACAUGGGGGGGGCUGAUCCUAGAUCAGAACACCUACUCUGAAAUGCUUCAUGAUUAUGGGCCUGAGAUUGGGGGGGGGGAAAAAACAGAUUGUAAAUAAACUGCAUAUAAACCAUUUGUAAUGCUCUUACUCUGAAUAAUGACCUGUUGGUUGUGCUGCGAUGGGUCAAAUCGGGGACUGGAAGAACCGUGUUCACGGUGGCCCAGAGGGAGAGGUUUGACCAGGUCUAUGAGGAGCGGAUGAAGGACGUGACUCUGAAGUUCAUCCGGGACAUGGAUCAACAAUCAGAGUGA